AUGACUACGUUAGAUGAUGAUGAUGACCAAAGCUUUCACGCUACGCGUGACGGCUACUCCCAUUUGAGCGAUGUCGAAUGGGAUGCGGUUGAACGGAUGGGUUCAACCAUGGGCAUCCAUGCUGUUAGCGUCAUGCUAGAGGCUCUCAAUAGAGAUGCCCAACAUGCUACUAUCGCUAAGUUCAUUCAAAAUGAACUUGACGCAGAACGCGAGAAAGUAGCCUUGCUUCACCAACAAGGUUCUCAACAAGCAGAGUUGUUGAGAGAACAGGGUGAUCAAAAGUUUGGACUGUUGAGACAGCAGCAGGCUGCUGCUGGUGGGUCGAUGCACUCGCGUCGACCCGAAACCUUGAAAAUUGACAUCUUUAAGUAUAGGGGAGUCGAAGAGGACUCCCUCUUGAGAUGGUUCGUCGAAUUAGACGACGCCACAAGGGCGCGUCGCAUCGACGACGGGGAUAUGCAAGUUGCAUUCGCCCAGUCAAAUCUGGCAGGACGUGCCAAGACUUGA